GUUUCGUUGAACGUCAGAAAAAUAUUCGAAAAAAUGGCGGACGACGAGGGGGAUAAAUACUUGUACGGAGAAGAAGACGACUAUAAAACUACAAUUGGGGACGAAGUGCCUGAAAAUAAGUCUCCAGUAUUUAUUAAGAAUGAUGAGAUGCAAGAUGUUUCAAAAGACCCGGAAAAUUGGAGCGAAGAGGAUGAAGAAGGAGAAAGUGACUCUGAUAUAGAAUUUGUGAUAGAAACGAAGCCAGGACAAAGAGCGGAGCCUCUUAGUCGACCAGCACCGUAUAGUAGUGUAAAGAUUUCAGCGCCUACAAAAGGGAUUGAUAAGGUAUUUAUAGCUACGACGAAACAAGAACCGCCAUCUAUAAAACCUCAGGGUGUAGAUGUGGAUCAUGUUGCAGAGUGGAAUGGUAAACCAUUAUAUCAGUUAGAUCUUGAAACAUCAGCUGAUAAGCCUUGGAGAAAGCCUGGAGCGGAUAUUACAGAUUAUUUUAAUUAUGGAUUUGAUGAAUUUACAUGGAUGGCAUAUUGUGCAAAACAGAUGGGAAUACGAAGGGAUUUUGCACCUCAAAAGGUGAUGCAAAUGAUGGAACAUAUGUCUGGGACAGAUAUGAUUUCAAUGGCACCUAAUAUGCAGGUUAUGAUGGCUACAGGAGGAUUUCCAGGGAUGCAGAAUAUUUCUGGAAUGAAACCGGAUAUUGUUCCUAUGAUGGGUAUGGGAAUGUCUGAUAUGAGUGGAUUUGUGAUGAAUAUGGGUCAAAUGGGUUUUCAACAGUUUCCUCCGGGUUUAAAUUCUAUGACAGCUGAGUCUCAAUUGGGGCAAGUAGCUCAAGGAAAACAAAUGCCAUAUUCGCAUAAUCUAUAUAAUGUGCCGCCUUAUGGAGGAUAUAAUCAAAUGCAACCUCAAUAUGGUUCGCAAAUGCAAGGACUUAAACCAAUGUCUUCUAUGUCAAAACUACAUAAUACAGAUGGAUCUAAAGUUUUAUCAAAUGAACGAGUACAGUCAUCUACUAAUUACAAACAGGAUUCCUCUCUUGCAUCAUCAAAAGAACCUCAUGAACCUGUGGAAUCUAUUUCCAAUACACUUCAAAACCGAAAUACUGGAAGAUCUAAUGUGCAAAAUAGAAAUAAAUCUUCGUCUGUAUCAAAUAUUGGGAAAUCUCGUUCAAAUCAUUAAUCUUAGGCAAUUUUUUAUAUUAACAGGAAUAAAUAAAUAGGCUUC